AUGUAGGUAGAAAAAAAGAAAUUAAAAGUUUUGUGUUUGCAUGGCCAUUAAACGAAUAGCACAAUUAUGUAGCUCUAAACAAAGGAAUGGAGAAACAUUUUUAAAAAUGAAUUACAAUUUGAGUAUAUAAAUGGUAAACACAAACUAACAGCCGAUGAAGUUAUCGAUGUUAGAGUCAAAAAGCUAUUAGAAGCAGGAUAGGAUGCAUACACCUGGUUGAAAUUUCUAACAUCUGAUUAUUAUGAAAAUGUGCUUUCAGAUCUGUCAUAUAUAGCAGACCAUAUCAAUCAAAAUGGGCCUUACGAUGGUGUAAUUGGAUUUUCUUAGGGAGGAACUGUGUUUCAUACAUUUUUGUAGCUUGUUUUUGAAAAUAAAAUCUAAAUUAAUAGUCUACCUAAAUUUGUUAUUUAUAUCUGUUCACCUCUUUAAGGUCCAGCAUUCUCUAUCCCUUAGCUUAAUAUACCAUCCCUACAUUAUGUAAGUUACUAGGAUGUAGAUUUAUAUGAUAGAUAAUUGAUAACAAGCAUUUUUUAUAAAAAUCCUAUUGUAAUUAAUCAUUCUUAUGGCCAUAGAGUGCCUAGGCUUUCUCCAAGUGAAGUGGAGAAGAUAAAAACAUUCAUCAUGUAAGCAGUAAGUGCUAAAUAACAAAAUCCUGAUAAAAUACAACAGACUCCAAAACUUUGA